AUGACGAUGCUCCGCGUCCACAACCUGAGUCACCUCGUCAACUGGACCAUGACUUACCACUCCAAUGCCGACGUCGUGGCCUUCUAUGGGUACUUCCGGUCGCUAAAUACCUUGCUUCAGCCCGUGCGCCCGAACAUGAUCGAGAACCACCCGGUGGCGCUGGCGCAGUACCGCGACGCCCUUGCGCGGGGGACGACGCUGGAGGAGGUGAUGGGGCCUGCGUGGAGGAGCUUCGUGGAGCGGCCUCGGCUCGUGGCGUGGAUGUCCAGCCACUGCGCCACCGUGUCCAAGAGGGAGGAGUACGUGCUCGAGCUGGCCAAGUUCAUCCCCGUGGACAAGUACGGGAGUUGUGGGCAGCGAUGCGACAGAAGGUCUCCUCGCAAACCCCUGUGCUGGGUGGAUAUACUCAGCCGCAAUUAUUCGUUCUACCUGGCUAUGGAGAACAACGUGUGUGAUGACUACGUGACCGAAAAGUUAUAUAAUCCACUUAUGUAUAACUUGGUGCCGGUGGUCUGGGGAGGUUCCAACUAUGCCAAGUUAUUGCCCCCAAAUUCUUACAUCGACGCACGGAAAUAUCACCCACAAGAACUGGCGCAGCUCCUACAGCAGCUCAAGGCGGAUCCCGUGGCCUAUGGCAAGUAUCACGUCUGGCGAGGGUUUUGGGAGGCAAAGGUUGGAGGCAGUUUGUGUGAGCUCUGUUACCGCCUGCACGUCGACAGAGAAGAGAAACAUUACACUGACAUCGGCGUGUGGAGACACAAAAAUAAUGAGUGUAAAGUUGUUCCUAAACACAUGUUCAACCCGGAAACAAACGCUUGGAAGGAUUUCAUUAAGAGUAACUACUCUAGUUAG